AUCUGUUACUUAAUAUGAAGAAAAGCAGAGGUCGGACAGGUCGAAAGAGAAGAAGAAAACACUUGCAGAGUUUUAUGGAUGGAGUCAACUGCAGUCACAAGCUGGAAUACAUUAAACUUAAGAAGUGGCUGAAAGACAGAGGAUUUGAAGACAGUAAUUUAAGGCCAGCAGAGUUCUGGGAUACAGGAAGAGGACUGAUGACAACAAAAGCUCUUCAGGCAGGGGAUCUGAUCAUUUCAUUGCCUGAGAAAUGCUUACUCACCACGGGCACUGUCCUUAGUAGCUGCUUGGGAGAAUACAUCAUGAAAUGGAAGCCUCCUGUAUCUCCUUUGAUAGCGCUGUGCACAUUUUUAAUAGCAGAGAAGCAUGCUGCUGAGAAAUCUCUGUGGAAGCCGUAUCUUGACGUUUUACCCAAGAGAUACACUUGCCCUGUUUGUUUGGAGCAUGAUGUAGUAAGCCUUCUUCCUGAACCUUUAAGAAAGAAGGCUCAGGAGCAGAGAACGACGGUCCAUGAAUUGUACAUGUCUUCCAGGGCUUUUUUCUCUUCCCUGCAGCCUUUGUUUGCUGAGAACACAGGAACUAUUUUUAACUACAGUGCUCUAGAGUGGGCUUGGUGCACUAUUAAUACCAGGACAAUAUACAUGAAACAUUCACAGAGGGAAUGUUUUUCUCUUGAGCCAGAUGUUUAUGCAUUGGCACCAUAUUUAGAUUUGCUAAACCACAGUCCAAAUGUUCAGGUAAAGGCUGCAUUUAAUGAGCAGACAAGAAGCUAUGAAAUUCGGACAAAUUCACAGUGCAAAAAAUAUGAAGAAGUAUUUAUCUGCUAUGGGCCUCAUGAUAAUCAGCGACUGCUACUCGAAUAUGGAUUUGUUGCCAUGGAUAACCCUCACAGCAGUGUUUAUGUCUCAUCAGAUACUCUCCUCAAAUAUUUUCCACCACUGGACAAGCAGAGAAAUGCAAAACUUUCCAUUCUAAAGGAUCAUGAUUUCUUAGAAAACCUGACCUUUGGAUGGGAUGGACCAUCUUGGAGACUUCUCACAGCCCUCAAGUUGUUAAGUCUUGGAGCAGAUGAAUUUACUUGCUGGAGGAGAACACUGCUUGGUGAUGUAAUUUCAGCCAGAAAUGAGCAGCAGACUUUGAAUAUAACAGCAAAAAUAUGCCAUUUUUUAAUAGAGGAGACACAGCAUGUCCUUCUCCAGAUUUCCCAGUUGAAAAGGAACAAAGAGAACCUCAAAAAACACCUGGCUUUGGUAGAAGCACUACACUUGGAAGAUCUGAAGAUACUACAAAAAUCAGCUGAGAUUCUUUGCAACUUGAAUAUGGCAACAGCUUGACCCAUCUGAAGCUGUGAUAGCUGUGGCUGUUUGGAGCUCAUUUGCCAUGGAUGUGCCUUGCUGAACUGUUUUAAUGGACCUGAGCACCAAAGAAUAAUGUAAAAAGUCAUCAGAAUAUGCCUAGUUUUGUUUACAGGGUCACACAGGACCCAGAGUCUUAUUUUGUUCCUUGCUGACCUUCUUCAGUAAUACAAAAGGUUAGCCCAAAUGGCAGCGGGGAGCACAGGUGGCUUUCAUCGCAUCUCAUUGAAAUCAUGGCUGCUGUGAGCAAAACAGCUUCUGGGGUAAUUUGAGCAGCCCUAGGACUGUGGGCUCCAGCAGUCCUAGACUUUACAGCUGCCCAUGUGGCAAAAGCGUGGAUCGUAGGGUCAAGCAGAUACUCCUCAGCAUGUAUUUGAGCUCUGGCACUUGACAGAGAGGAAGAGGACAGAGCCACUUACAUUUGCUGUGUACUGAUCCUUGACUUUUUCCCUGAGAUCUGUACAUGUCCCCAAGACUUAGCAGUUCAUGUAGUGCCUGUUCAUUGCUGGAGUAAUAGAUGCAGACUAGAGCACAGAUCAGCCCUGUUGUAACCAACUCCAAAUCAUUCCGUUCGGACUUUCAGCCCGGGUGUUUCUUGAACCUAAGGAAGGGUGAAUUUCCCUCCUUUGCUCUCAAAGCUCCCUCCAGACUCAGUAGUUCAUGUUCUGACUCCUCCUGCUGGGAAUGAGAACUGAAAGGAUGUAUCACUUUGAACUCUGUUUCUUGUUUGGAAGACCACCCAGGCAAUUAAUUCUGUUUCCAUUCAGUUCUGGUGAUCACACUGAGAAAUGUUCCUAUCCUGUCUACAAGGGGAUAGUCUCAUGAGCUGCCUUUCAGUAUUAGUUCUACUUAAGUAGGGAGCUUGAGCUCCCUAUGUCAUUUAGAGAAGAGAGAGGCUUCUUCAAGGGGCAUUUCAGGGCAGGACCUUUAUUUAAGCUGUAUAAACUUCAUUUAUAAUUGUGAUUGUGUUGUGAUUAUUUUCCAUUUUGUGGGGAAUCACAUUUCAUAGAAUUUUUCUUUAUUUUUAGCAUUUUUUAAGAACUGUGUUUUUAAAAAGUGUUUAUUUUUGUAAAUAUAUUGCUUCAUUUUCUACAAGAUUUCUCUACUUUUGAAAGAAAUGAAAUUGUAUACAGCAGUAAAGGCAUUCUAGCUAAUGAUAUAAUUUAAGGAAAGAAUGGAACGAGUGAAAACUGUUAAGUGUUCAAGCUUAAAUGCACUUUCAGUCUUUCUUUGGUACUUUGUGAACAAGAAUGUUACUGUGUGAACUUGCUUGGAUUUGAGGAUUCCAGGGGUUUUCCCUGCCUUUUUUUCUGCCUUGGUCUAUUUGGGACAGGAAAUGUCUUGAUAUCUGGAGCUCUGAGAAGGGCCCUUCCUUACGUAGAAGGAUAUGGUGGUUUAGGUUCAAAAGACUGGGGGAACUGAGAAGUGUAACUGUUUGCUGUUACUCAGUUUCCAAACCCAAAAGUUCUUGGUUUUGAGGUGCUAGCUUCAUAACCUCUUCGUAGGAUUAGGAAAUUCUGAAAAUAAGCUUUUUUCUGCCUUGUUUAACCUAAUGCACUGAGACUCUUUUGUACUCUCAAGCUUUCUGUAUCAUUCAUAUGGAGAUGCUGACAAUGUGUGGUUACUUUACCCACAUUUCA